GACCCCUGGUAGUGCAGUGUUAGGUCCUAUUGGGUUCUUACCUGUGUGGUUUGUGGCAGAAUUCUGGGAAGCUGCUGGGGGAUGUCUGACUAGUUCCGAUGGAGCUCCACUGCCUUGACAAGAGGAGCAGCCAGGCAGUCCUGUGCGAUGCUGUGGACUGGCAUUCAGGACAGCUUCCUGGUGACCGGGCAGAUGCAGCCGCUGCCAGAGCUGCUCUCUGCUGCCAGAGACACUGUAUGUCAACACCAAGAGCAGCUGAGAUGGAAGGGUUUAAACUUAGCCCUGCUCCAGCAUUCCCCUCCUCCUCUCUGCAAGACAGUGUUAUUCAGACAGACUCCUUGCCACCAGGGCCUCUCAACUCAGGGAACAACCACGUAACAGCAGGACGGAAAGUCUGCAACUGCUGCAGCCAGGAAUUAGAAACUUCUUUCACCCGUGUGGAUGAGAAUGUCAACCUAGAGCAAAGGAACCCGUGCUCUCCUCUGGCAAAAGGGAGCCAUCACCUGGGAGACCUUGGCUGGGGAAAUCCAAAUGAGUGGUCUCAUGAGGCUGCCAUAUCCUUGAUAUCUGAGGAUGAAGAUGAAAUAAGUUCGGAAGCCACGUCUUCAGGGAAGUCCGUAGACUAUGGUUUCAUCAGUGCCAUCUUGUUCUUGGUCACUGGCAUCUUGCUUGUGAUCAUCUCUUACAUUGUCCCUCGGGAAGUGACGGUGGAUCCCAACACCGUGGCAGCCCGGGAGAUGGAACGUUUGGAGAGGGAGAGCGCAAGGCUGGGGGCGCACCUGGACCGCUGUGUGAUUGCAGGACUCUGCCUGCUCACCCUUGGGGGGGUUGUUUUGUCCUGUUUGCUGAUGAUGUCCAUGUGGAAAGGGGAGCUAUAUCGUCGCAACAGGUUUGCCUCUUCCAAAGAGUCUGCAAAACUCUACGGUUCUUUCAACUUCAGGAUGAAAACCUGCACUAAUGAAAACACCUUGGAACUGUCCUUGGUAGAGGAAGAUGCCCUUGAUGGAUAGAGUUAAUUCUGGCCGUGAGCCUGCUGAGAGUCUGCGUUAGCAUUUUAUAUGAAAACCAACCAACCAACCAACCACAUUCCUUAAAAUUAACAGUACAGUUUCUUUGCUUGGCAAGAAAGGCUUAU